AUGUCCGACCCGACUAAACCGCGCACCGACCGAGACACGACUUCAGAAUCUAGAAGUGUCUGGGGUUCACAGAUUGUGGGAACUCUCACUGUUCGCUGUUCACCGGGAAGCUCUCUCGAAACACUGCCCAUUCGCCACAAGUACGAGCGCAUCCUUGAGUUUCCACAGAAGAAUUGGGACGCGGAAGAGGUACCUGCUGGAACCGUGAACUGGCCGCAGCCGGCGAAAGGAUCCCAUGACGGCCAUGAUGUCGCUAUGAUAGACAUAGAGCGACACGCCGAACGAUAUUAUUAUGCCAAGAAGAUAAGAUCUCUCGCAUUUGGCGCCGAUCGGUCCACGAAUGCCUUCGCUGCCCUUCAGGUGCACUGGAACACCACCGGGGAUAUCAUUUUGGAGGCUUUCGACGCCUUCGACGCCCACCGGGUGUUCACUCUGGUGGCACUAGCUGUCCCCCUGGACCUGGACCUCUCCCUUUCCUUGGCAACUUCCUUGACAUCCAACGCCGUGUCGCAUUACCAUGAACUAUCCCAGAAGUACAGCUCGAAGCUCAUUUAUCUGAACGUGUUUGGACAAUCCCUAUUGGUCGUUGACGAUCUGGCGACGGCGACCGAACUAUUCGAGAAACGCUCAGCAAUCUACUCCUCCAGGGUUGACAUGAGCACGGUCAAGUUGAUCGGAUGGGAAUGGAAUAUGGCGUUCCUGCCGAGAGGCGCAGGCUGGCGUCAGCAGCGACGAAUGGUCUGGCAAGAGUUCCAUCCCGGCGCGGUCGCCAAAUACCAACCCGCCCAGCGCGAGGGAGCGCGUCGCCUCCUGCUGCGGCUCCUCGACGGUCCAGAAAACUUUAUCGAACACGUUCGCUAUGCUCUGGCCUCGACGAUCAUCGAGUCGACAUACGGCAUAUUGCCCGCUCCGACUGGAGAUAAGUACAUAUUCAACGCCGAUCGCGCGACUGAGGCGCCGCAGUUCCUCGCCAGCGCCGCGGCGGCCGUCUUACAGGCGUUCCCUGCGCUUGGGCGUGUGCCCGCGUGGCUGCCGCUUCCGGGAACGGGAAUUUUGCGUCAGCUCGAGGAAUUCCGGAUGUGUUCCAAGAAGAUGCGAGAUGUGGCUUGGGAAGACGCUCGCAGGAUGAUUGAAGAUGGCCACGGAAAACCGCGAGCACCCAUCGCUACCGCUGCGCCGGAAGACGUCCCAGAGCUCGAAGAACUUUAUAAGAGCGUCGCAGCAGUGGUAUAUGCAGCUGGAUUCGACACCACAUAUGGACUAUUGAACGCUUUCUUCGUUGCCAUGGCCGCACAUCCAGAGGCACAAGAACGGGCACAAGCGGAAAUCGAUGCCGUCAUCGGCCGGGGGCGACUGCCCGACUUUUCAGAUAGGCAAGCGUUGCCGUACGUGAACGCGGUUAUCAAGGAAAUCACUCGUUGGCACGUUUCGAUCCCGCCCGGGCUGGCACACGCGACCUCGGAAGACGACGAGUUCGAGGGGUAUUUUAUCCCAAAGGGCACGGCUGUGAAUGUGAACGCGUGGGCAAUCCUGCAUGAUCCUGCUGUUUUUGAGGACCCUGAGACUUUCAAGCCAGAACGCUUUAUGAAGGACGGCAAGCUUGACCCGGCCGUCAAAGACUUGACCGCCGUCGCCUUUGGACUCGGACGACGCCGGCCGCUUGAUGCCGACGGCAAGCCGAUCCCAUUCGACCCUGAGCUCACUGAAGGGCUUCUCGUUUUCUUCAAGGACAGUCGGUGUGUUGUCAGGCCACGUUCGGACAGUGUCGCGGCCUUCGUCCGGCAAGAGUGCGCGACAUAG